UAAAAUUUUAUUUAUUUUAUUUUAUAUAAAAUUAUUUGUUUGAUGUAUUUAAGUUUAUACUAAAAAAGUGAUAUGCAAUGGCUUCAAAUGAAGGCUUAUUAAGCAACUUUUUAAACAAUUUGAAGGAUUUGCAUUCAGAAAUUUCAAAACAGUUUGUUACAGAAAGAACUUCAGCACCAAAUCUACAACAUGAAAUGCCUGAGUUUGUUAUGCAAGUUCAUACUUACUGGGAUUUUAUCAGAGCACUACCAUACAACACUAUAUGGAUGGUUUGUUUAAUGCUCUUUCAUAUUGCUUCUUUCUUGCUCAUCAUUUCGACUCAAAAUUACUAUAAAAUCCAGUAUGCGCUGUUUUUUUUUUUUUUGGUUUUGGUUUCACUUUCAGAAAAAAUUAAUGAAAUAGCUGCUCAACAUUGGAAAUUAUUUUCACAUGAAAAUUUUUUUGACUCUGGUGGUUUAUUUAUAUCUACUGUUUUUUCUCUUCCACUUCUAAUCAAUUGUCUACUGCUUAUUGUUAUUUGGUUAAAGUUUUCGUUUAAAGCGCUUGUUUUAAUCAAAUCAAAAAAAUUGUCAACCAAUAGAAAACAAGAUCCAACAAAAGACGACAAUCGAGCGCAAGAAUUGGAAAGUGAGACUAAAAAAAAGAAAUAGAUUGUGUUCGUCUUUGUUGUUCACAUCAAUUCAUAACAUAUUUAUACUCUCCGUCGAAGAAAUCGACGAUUCAUUCAAAUACAUACAAAAAAUUUUAAAUCUAAAAAAAGCAAACUA